AUGCGUCCCACGCUGACGUUCCUGAUGCUCAUGCUACUCGUGUUCUUGCCUCGGGGUUUCAGCUGGCAUGAUGCAACUUCUGUUAUGCACAAUAUUUCCAUAACGGAGUACUCAUUCGAGACCCAAUUGAGAUUUAUAAGAGAGUCUCGCACUCUUAUUGGACCGUUUGACUUAUCGAGAAAGCUAAAGAAGAAAAUAAACAAUCAGCUGGACACGCGCCACCCCAGCGCAUCGCCCCUUCGCGCGGAAGGCGGUGCAUUAGAUUCAAGUAGAAAUUUUAAUAUUCCCUCGCAACCAAUAGCAAGUAACGAAACAUCAACCAAAAGAAGCAUCGCAAAAUCAACCUCGGAGACGAAACUAUAUCAGGGGCUUACUAAGCAAAUAAAUAAAUCGGUUACCCCUAAGUCAUCGCACAAGUCGAUAGAGAGGAAAAUUUCACACAAAAGGAAGACAUCCUCUGGCGCGGUGGAGGUGGAGGAGGCGCCGUGGCCGGGAAAGCGCGCCGCCGUCUUGGAGGGCGACGUGCUGCUCGGCGGCCUCAUGAUGGUGCACGGACGCGCGGAGGGCUCCGGCUGCGGCCCCCUGAUGGCGCAGGGCGGCGUGCAGGCGCUGGAGGCGAUGCUGUUCGCUCUGGACGCGGCGGCGCCCCUCGGCCCGCCCGCCGUGCGUCUCGGCGCCCUCGUGCUGGACGACUGCGACAGCGACACGCGCGGCCUCGAGAUGGCGCUCGACUUCAUCAAAGGUUCAAUUGGAAAUAUUGAUGACGAAGAAUACGCGUGCAACGCUUCGACCGUCCGUAAAGUGAUUUCAGGCGUGGUUGGUGCUGCUUCGAGCGUAACGUCCGUCCAAGUUGCAAAUCUGUUGCGCCUAUUCAAAAUACCACAAGUAUCAUUCUUUUCGACUUCCCCUGAAUUGUCGAAUAAGGCCCGCUUCGAAUAUUUCACACGGACUAUUCCUUCGGAUCUACACCAAGUGCGAGCCAUGGUCGAGAUCGUUAAGAAACUUGGUUGGCGAUACGCUUUUGAAGAAUUAGAGACUAUGCUGGCAAGAAAUGACAUCUGUAUAGCAGUUAAAGAACGGUUAGUGAAAGACUCUGGGGCUGCGGAUGACCACGCCUAUGAUGCAAUGGUGGAGCGGCUUCUAUCGAGACCACGAGCGCGGGGCGUGAUAGUUUUCGGCUCGGACCAAGAGGUGGCAGGCGUGAUGGCGGCGGUGCAGAGGCGUGGCGCCAGCGGCGCUUUCGGCUGGGUCGGCUCGGACGGCUGGAGUGCACGCGCCCUCGUGGCCGACGGUAAUGAGCCCACGGUCGAGGGCACCAUCAGCGUGCAGCCCCAGGCCAACCCCGUGCGUGGUUUUCGCGAGUACUUUCUCAAUCUCACCGUCAAAAACAACCCCAGGAAUCCGUGGUUUAUUGAAUUUUGGGAAGAGCAGUUCAGAUGCCGAUACCCCGGCAGUCCUAGAACACCUUUUAAUGGAAAUUAUACAACAACUUGUACUGGUAAAGAACAACUCGCUGCUAAUAACAUUGAAUUCGAAGGACAGCUUCAGUUUGUUGCCGAUGCUGUAUUUGCCUUUGUGCAUGCUAUAAGGGACAUGCACAAGGAUAUGUGUGGAGGAAAAGCUGGUCUCUGUCCAGAAAUGCGUCCAAUUAACGGACCUUUAUUAUUACGAUACUUACGGCAAGUUAGUUUUAUAGGAUUGAGUGGCGAUGAAUUCCAUUUUGACAGCAACGGUGAUGGCCCUGCUCGAUAUAAUAUUUUACAUUUCAAACAAGUCUCUUUGGGAAAUUAUCGCUGGUUAAAAGUGGGAAGAUAUCUUGAUGGCGAGCUAGAAUUAGACAUGAAUGCCAUCCAAUUCAAGUGGGGGGAGAAACGGCCGCCGGAAUCCGUAUGCAGCGCAGAGUGCGAGCUCGGUCAGGCCAAGCAGUACGUCGAGGGAGAGAGCUGCUGUUGGCAUUGCUUCAACUGUACACAGUAUGAGAUUCGCUCGCCGCUGACGGAGACGGCGUGCGUGGAAUGUCCGCGCGGGGCGUUGCCGGACGCGUCGCGCAGCCGCUGCGCGCCCGUGCCGGAGCUCUUCCUGCGCCCCGAGCACCCCGCCGCCGUCGGCGCCAUGGCCUUCUCCGCGCUCGGCGCUCUGCUCACCAUGUUCGUGGCACUCGUGUGGCUGCUACGAAGCGAUACGCCCGUGGUGCGAGCUAGCGGGAAAGAGCUCUCCUUCGUGUUACUCGCUGGCAUUUUAAUGUGCUACCUGGUCACUUUCGCUUUGGUGCUCCGUCCCACGGACGUCGUGUGUUCUCUGCAGCGUUUCGGCACAGGAUUUUGCUUUACCGUGGUGUACGCUGCGCUUCUUACAAAGACCAACAGAAUAGCGAGGAUUUUCGAUGCCAGCAAGCAGUCGGCUCGACGACCUUCUUUAAUUUCGCCCAAAUCUCAGCUGCUCAUCUGCUCUCUUUUAGUAUCAGUUCAGGUUGUUGUUGUGGUUGUUUGGCAAAUUGCUUCGCCAGCUCGAGCGAUCCAUCACUAUCCAACGCGUGAAGAUAACAUGCUGGUCUGUGAUUCUUACAUAGAUGCCUCGUACACUAUUGCCUUUUUCUAUCCCGUGGUGCUCAUAGUUGUGUGUACAGUGUAUGCGGUUCUCACCAGAAAAAUACCAGAAGCGUUCAAUGAGAGCAAACAUAUCGGUUUUACUAUGUACACGACGUGCGUCAUUUGGCUAGCGUUUGUGCCCCUCUACUUUGGCACUGCUAGCCACGUUCCGUUGCGAGUCACCAGCAUGGCCGUCACAAUCUCUCUUAGUGCCAGCGUGACACUCGCCUGCCUCUUCGCACCAAAGGUGUAUAUAAUCCUGGUGCGGCCCGAGCGCAAUGUGCGCGCGAGCCUGAUGCCGGCGCGGUGGCGCGGCGGCGCGGCGGGCGGGGCCGUGUGCGCUGCGCUGGUGGGCGCCGCGCCGCUGCCCCGCGCGCCGCACAACCCCCGCCCCGCCGCCCACACGCCCUCCACCGACUUCUCCACGCUGGACGUUACCGAGAGGUCUACGUCGACCGACCGUGAGGUACAGACGGACAUACCCAGUCCCGAGCACAACGGGCUGUACUUGGACCCGAGCAAGCUGGCGGAAUUUGCGGCGGGGCUGCCUUCGUUCGCAGCCGUGAAGGCCGGGGGGGCGCGGAGGCGACGUGGCCCCAGAGACUCCGCGCCCUUA